AUGGCAUCGUUAUCUCAAGAGAUCAAUUCCGAGGCCGCGACCCAUACAAAGCAGAGGCUCAAUGUGGAAAUCUCUAGGACUGAAGGAGAGGUAGUACUCCGCGAUGAUCCAGAAGCAAAAGCAGCAUUCUUGUCUACAUUUACCGCGGACGAGGAGAAGAGAAUCAUGCGCAAGGUUGACAGAAAGUUCUUGGUUUUGAUCGGAUUGAUGUAUAUGAUCAAACAGAUCGAUGUUAUCAAUGCUGCCAGCGUCAAAGUUCUUCAGGUCGGGCAGCCGAGUAACAUCCUCAAGGAACUUCAUAUGACUCCAAACCAGUACAACUGGGUACAGUCCAUAUACUAUAUAAGUUAUAUCAUCUUUGAAACUCCCAGCAAUCUAUUACUCAAGCGAAUGGGACCACAUGUCUGGCAGUCACGCAUCUUCUUCUCUUGGGGCGUUAUCGUUGCCUGUCACGCCGCCAUUCAAAAUAAGGAGGCCUAUUAUGCCGUGAGAUUCUUGCUCGGCAUGAUGGAAGCCGGUAUGUUUCCCGGAGUCGUUGCUCAGUUGGCUAGUUGGUACCGCACCGAGGAAAUGGGAAAACCAAUUAAGUGGUUUUUCGCAAUUCAGACGGCUUCGACAAUCGUUGGGUCUCUUUUGUGCUAUGGAAUCAGUUACAUGGAUGGUAUUCGAGGGUUGAGCGCAUGGAGAUGGGUCUACAUCCUUGAGGGCGUCGCUACAAUCCUAUUCUCUGGUGUCGUAUAUUUUGUUCUGCCAGACUAUCCCAAGUCCCCCAGUAGCGACAAAUGGCUCACAAAGCGCGAGCAAGAGUUUAUCGAGACACGGCUUCCUGAGCACGCGCCUCUGACCAGCGACCCGUUCUUCAGCAAGAAAGAAGUGAUGGCAUCUCUCAAGACGCCAACCAUCUGGUCCUUUAUGCUUUCGCAGAUGUUGGUGAAUAUGGGUGGUUAUGCAUUGACGUGGUAUUUGCCGACAAUUACCACCAAUCUGGGCUUUGCCUCGUUACCCAGGAAUCAGCUGCUAAAUAUUCCUCCUGCGGCAGCGGCAGUCAUUGCGUUAGUGUUUGCAGACUACGUGAUUAGUUUGGCGUUGAUUCCUCGGCCUGCCGUUAUCAUGAUCAUCAUGACCGGUAUGGUCGUCUGUUUCGUCCUCUUCUUUACUAUUUCAAGUCGCGUAGGGAUUUACAUUGCUUGUAUCCUUGGUACCAUGUUCUACCAGUCUUAUUUCAUCCCAUUCUGGGCGUGGCGGUCAUCCACACUCAAAGGAUCGACCGGUGCUGCAUUCACACUUGGUUUCCAAAACUGUGUUGGGCAAGUAGGCGGUGUCGUUGGACCACAGCUCUUUCAGUCCAAGUGGGCAUAUAAUGGAUACAAAAACAGCUUCGCCAUCGCGGCGGCAGCAAUCAUUGCCGCGUUCUUUGCCAACAUCUUAACAUGGUGGCUUACCAGAAAUGUGGAAAUGGAUGUUGUCCGGAUUGCGAGAUUGAAACGACAAGCUCGUAAAGAAGGAAGGGUUUUUGCUGAUGAUGAUGUGCAGGUUUUUGAGCAGAGGAAGUACAAGUCUGUGAUUAGGCUGGGGAGGAAAUCAUCGAAUGAGGAAACGAGUAGUCUUGAGACGGUGUGA